AAUGUUUCACUGUUCCAUUUAUCAUGACCGCUAGGCGAUUGUCGCGCUUAGCAGACCAUAAUGAUCACACCAGUCAGCGUUAUGCUCAACUUUAUUUCAACACCUGACAUCCCAUGAGUAACAGUCUCCCAUCAUGUACAUACUUUUGAUCCUAUGUUCUAUAUUCAAAAUCUCUUCUGGUGACGUCACAUCGAACGACGUCGCAUUCCUGAACGAUCUGCCUUUGGACAAGCUUUUAAGGCUAAAGUCUUCACUCCAAGAUCUCGUGACAGUGGAAUACGAGAAUGUCACAACAACUACACCGUCAUACAUACAAAGGUUUGGUGCAGAAGCCAUGGCUAUUCAAGGACCACCGCCCGUCAAGCGAGGCGACUACGAAGAAGGAUUGUACAAGAAGGAAAGUUACAGCAAGAUCAGCAACAUAUUCUCUAUGUCUGUGACUACUCUCGCGUUUUUAGCGUUCGGCGGAUAUUUACUGUGCUUGAUAGUCCAAGCUGUGAAAGCGAAGCAGACGUACAAUGCUGCGAUUCCUACGACGCAACCGACGACGUUCUUCGUGAGUGCAGGGAUUAAGAAGAGGCCUCAGAGUCAGUUUUCAGCAUAUGGUCGUAGAAGACGAGACAAUAGAUUCCGGAGAAGUUUGAAGAUGGUGGAUCUACCCCCGGAGCAGCUGUUUGAAGCGUUGCUACAAGUAUGCGAGGGUUACGCGAAGUGGUCUGAAAGGAAAGGGGACAUAGGGGAUUUUUAAAAGAAAUUAGUUUUGUGACGUUGUG